AUGAGUGAUCUUGAAGAUAUAAAUUCCCCAAAUUCCCCAAAUUCACCAAAUUCACCAUCAUUAUCAUUGGAACAAUCUACUCGUGGAUCUACUCCACCUACAUCUACAUCAUCACCACCAUCUACUCAAAAUAAUGAUUCAAAAUCUAAAAGGAAUCUUGAAACUGAUGAUAUACACGACACAUUUGAUAAUAAAAAACUUGAGAAUGAAAUUAAUGAAUCUGAACAAUUGACUGAUUUAAAAAAUGAUCAAGAUUUGGAAGAUAUCAAAAAUAAUACUAAAGAUGUAAAAGAUGUCAAAGAUGUAAAAGAUAUCAAAACAACAGGUGGUGGUUUUGGCGGUUUUGGUGGUGGUGGUUGUUCCAAGAAAAAUCAAGACUUUAAGGACUCUAAAGAUUCAAAGAAAAUGAAAAAAUUAAAACCCAAAUCAAAUCCAAAAUCAAAUUCAAAACCAAAACCAAUUUCUCGAGCACCAAUUGCUACUGGUAUUUCUACUGAAAUUGAAGUUACUGGAGAAAAACCAAAACCAAUUCAAGAAGGUGAUCCAUCAUUAGAAGAUGAUGUUUUAUAUGCUAUAUUUGUUAUACUUUAUGAAGAAGAUUUAAUUGAAAAAGAAAAAGAAAAAGAAAACGAAAAAGAAAAAGAAAAGGGAAUGACAGUAAAACAAAUUACUGAUAUAUUAGAUGAAAAAUAUCCUCAAUUUACUAAAAAUACUGGUAAAGUAUCAAAUUUAGUUUCAGCAAAAAUUAAUUCAUAUAUUAAACGUUUAGAAGCAGGUCAAACUAAUUUACGUUAUGCAAUUUCAAGAGAUUGGGGGAAAAAUACUCCUAAAAGAAUGUUAUAUAAAUAUCGUGGAAUUUUAGCUCCUGGUUGGGAAAUUAAAUUAAAAGAAUUACAAAAGCAACAACAAGAGAUUAAACAACAAAAUGAUCAACAACAGGAACAGGAACAACAACAAAAUGAUGAUGAUGAUGAUGAUUCUCAAGAAUUAAACCUACAACAACAACAACAACAAAUUGAAGAAUUUAAAUCAUCAAGUUCUGAAUCACCUAAAUCACGUAAAAAAAAUUCUCAACCUCAAUCAAUAUCAACAAAUUUCAAAGAUCAUUUUAAUGAACUUGAUCAACAACAACAACAACAACAAGAAGAUCAAGAUCAAGAUCAAGAUCAAGAUCAAUAUCAAUAUCAAUAUCCAUUACUCCUGUCAUCAAUUUCAUCAUCAAUUUCAAAAUCAAAAUCAACAAUGAAGAGAAGAGCUACCAUGUUUGAUUUAGGAAGACCAACAUUUUUAACUACUGGAGAAUUUUGUGAUCAAUUACCACCAUAUUUAAUUAGAAAACUGACGAAAAUUGAAGAUGUUCUUGAUGAAGAAGUUUUACAAGAUGAUAAUGAUGAAGAAGAAGAAGAAGAAAAUGAUUUAUCUUCAUUAUCACAAAAAGAUAAAACCAGUAAUAAAACCAAUAAUAAUAGUAGUAAUAGUAAUAAUAAUAUUAAUAGUGGAAAUAUUAUUAAGAUUAAAAAAAGACGAUUGACUUGGGCUCCAUUAGGUGAAACUGGUGAUGAUGAUUUAGGAUUAGCAGCAUUUAGAGCUUUAAGUACUAGUACUACUAGUGCUACUAAUAAUAAUGGUGGUAGUGGUGGUAAUGGUAAUGGUAAUGGUAAUGGUGGUAAUGGUGGUAAUGGAGGAGGAGGAGAAAGAUUAUUAUCAUCGAUUAAUUAUAAAAAAAAAUGGUUUCAAAUGACUGAAUUACCUAAACCAGAAUUGACUAGUUUAUCUGAAUUAGAAAAAUAUUGGGAUUAA